CCGGCUUAUUGUUCAGCGUUACAAAGUAACAUCGCGGGCUGCUGCUGCUGCUGCUGCGGCCGGCCGUCGCUUUUUUUGCGCUUUACGAUCGACUUUACAGUGUCAUCGGCUGAGAUCCAAUAUAUUACAAAUAUUAUAUAUUUGCAAUCAAAUAUAUUACAGUUGACGUUAAGCUUUUGGAAAAAAAUCAUUCGGUGGCGACGGGAUAAAGGCGGUCCGUGUGUAUGAUGGGCAUGAUCGCGACGCGACGUUCAGCAUUCGUAAAUGUUAAUGUCACUAAAAAAAUCACUAAAAAGCAAUAAAGCGGAGUGCAGCUGCCGCCAACGAAGGCGCGUUUCUGUACAUUAAAAUAUUUAACGCUUGACGUUAACGAUCUCCGGGCCUCGACAAAAAUAAUAUUAACCGCGUAGCUUUUCAGUUUUGUACACAGCCUAACACUUCUAAUUCUGAAUAGUUUUAACUUGUUCGGUAUAAAAGUUUUAAAAUUUAUUUAGUCCAUUAGUAUGUCAAAUUAAUGCUGGCAGUGUAAAAUCGAUGGACUUAAGUAUUGUGUGUCUAACUGUAUGUAUUCGUGUUUUAUACAUGUUUUACCUGGUAUUAUGUGUUAUGAGACGCUCCUUUACGUAACCACUGCAUGUUUUGGCCAGAUGCAAACACAAUGUUACUCGUCCGCUAUAAAUAACGUUUGUAGUGGGAAAAUAGUUGCAUACAUUUAUGUGGUUUGGUGCUAUAUAGGAAACACAAGCCACCGAUCAUAAUUGUGUCAUUUAUAAAAUAUGACAGUAAAGAGUAUAAAUGAUUUUAAAGAGCAUGAGACAGGUUGGUGUUUCGUUGGUGACACAAAAUGGUAAUUAAAAAGCUAAAAGUCAGCGGUCGGCGUUGAACUGAAUGAUCAGCAUUCAGCAGCUUUAUUUAAACAGCCAGAACCUCCUGUUCAGGGUUUAUAGCGAAGCAGAUCGCCGUGUAUCGAUGUCAAACACAAGCUUCUUAGGGGAAAACCGCUCAGGAGGCCAUGAUACCCUUCCAGGUCACCGUAAUGUCACCAUAUGGAGAAUGAUUCAACAAGUCACUAUCCCCGCACUGUCAACCGAGGGGGGAAAGUCACCAGGAGCGAGCACAGAUUGUCCGGAUGACGUUUCCUGAAGCGUCCACCAUUUACGGCAUUAUCUUAUCUUAUUUCCUGUAAAUCAGGGUGUGGUAAUGUGUUUUCAGUGGCCAUGGCACACGCGCGGAAGCCGCCGUGUGAUGGGAUGCAAGCCGGCCCCCGCGCUGAGCUGCGGCUUCCCCAGGUGUCUGCCAGACAGGAGAUCCUCACCAGCCUGGUGUCUGCCCUGGACUCCGUGUGCACGGCCAUGUCCAAGCUAAAUGCGGAAGUAGCAUGUGUCACGGUGCAUGAGGACAGCGUGAUCGCCGUGGGAACGGAGAAGGGCAGGGUCUUCCUCAACUCCCGGAAGGAGAUCCAGACCGACUUCCACAAGUUCUGCAGAGUGCCCUGUCUGCAGACUGUACCCUCCGUAAACACCCACACCAAAGUCUCGGAAAGCGACACCAGUAAAGUCAGUAAGGAAGCAGCACACAUUGCGCUGAGAGGCCCUGUGGACACCCACUCCAACACCUCCAUCCUCAGGAAGAUGGUGGAGGAAGUCUUCAGCGUGCUUUACAGUGAGGCUGCUGGGAAGAGCAGCCUGGUCCCUGUGCCUUAUGAGUGGAUCCUGAAGGACCCCAGUUCCGUGUCUGUCCAUGGCCUACCCGAUGGGAUCUCCCUGCGAAAGCCCACUGAAUAUGACACCAAGACCUUAAUGAAGAUCUUGGAGCAGAGCAAUCGCAUCCGCUUCACGGUCAAAAGAACGACGGAGGAGCCAUCCCGGGAUGUCCAGCCCUGCCCAGAAGUCAACCACAUCUCCUCUGUUGGCAAAAACCUUGCCAACCACGUCCCCGUUAAGGCUGGUGGCCAGGAGGCUACUGCUGCUGCCACCAGCGGCUCCAGACUCUUCGGCUUCCUGUACGGGAUGCCCAUGUCCUCACAGGGGCACACCGACGGCAAGAUGGAGUCCAAGCCCACCUCCCUCUACAAUGUCGGCAAAGAGCGGCAAAGCGCGUGGUCGUCGGGGGCUGAGAAGGCGACGCCCACUAAGGACUGUGCCGACGGCGGCGACCGGCUGGGGGUCCCAGGUGAUGUGGCCCAGAGCCCCACAGGUCUGCACUUUUCCAAGAGGCUCCUGUUUUCCAUAGUGCAUGAGAAAUCAGAGAAAUGGGACACGUUCAUUCGGGAGACGGAAGACAUCAACACGUUGCGGGAAUGCGUGCAGAUCCUGUUUAACAGCCGCUAUGCUGAAGCUUUGGGUCUAGACCACAUGGUUCCUGUUCCAUACCGGAAGAUCGCGUGUGACCCGGAGGCAGUGGAGAUCAUUGGGAUUCCAGAUAAGAUCCCCUUUAAGAGGCCAUGCACAUACGGAGUGCCCAAACUCAAGCGUAUCCUGGAGGAGAGGCACAGAGUGCGCUUCGUGGUCAGGCGGAUGUUUGAUGAGAGGAUUUUCACAGCUGCUGGAAAGAUGUGCAAGGAGGAGCUGCCCUCCAUGACAGAGGACGCUUUCCAGGAUGUCCCCCGGGUCCAGCUGCCGGCUUUGGAAGGGUCUGCCAAUGCUCAGAGCAGCAGAUCAACCAGCUCCUGUGUAAGUCCGCUAGCAGACUGUGAACCAGGGCCUUCUGCCGAUUGCGUUCCUGUGAAAAAGAUUAAAACUGAGCCGCCGGAUGGAGAAAUCAUCCAGGUGACAAUCCCGGACACCAGCGUCUCUGUGGAGGAGCCCAGCGAGCCUCUGGUCGACUCCGCGGCCCCUGACAUGCACCCCCCAGAGGUCGUUGCAGCUGGGUCAGCAUCACCUAAACUGGCAUCCAGUUUGCCCCAAAGAUCUGCUGAAGAGGACCUCGGCGAGAUGAUUUUGCACCUUCGCAAGCAGGUGGAGGGUCUGUUCAACGCAAAGUAUGCUGAAGCUUUGGGCCUCCCAGAACCCACGAGAGUGCCCUACUCCAAGUUCCAGAUGUACCCGGACGAUCUGUACGUGACUGGUCUCCCAGAGGGCAUGUCAUUCCGGCGCCCCAACUGCUUCGGCGUGAACAAACUGCGGAAAAUUUUGGAGUUGGGCAGCCAGAUCCGCUUUGUCAUCAAAAGACUGGACCUGUUAACCGAUCCAAUCAAGCAUGAUGCCCCCCUCAAUGCAACUGUUAACCCAGACAUGGACUCUAAGGAUAAUGUUCUAGAAGAUACCGGAACGGCACUGAAAAGACCAGGAUACUCUGACAACCUGGAGGCCAAGUUGUCCAGAAUCGAUCUGGCCAACACUCUGAGGGAGCAGGUCCAGGAUCUGUUCAACAGGAAGUACGGUGAGGCCCUGGGCAUCAAGUACCCGGUGCAGGUACCCUAUAAGCGCAUCAAGAGCAACCCCGGCUCCGUCAUCAUCGAGGGGCUUCCCCCGGGGAUCCCCUUCCGAAAGCCGUGCACCUUUGGUUCCCAGAACCUGGAGAGGAUCCUAGCGGUGGCCGACAAGAUCUCCUUCACAAUCACCAGACCAUUCCAAGGACUCAUCCCCAAACCAGCUCCGCGGCGGAUCACGCUGUUAAAGAAGGCCUACGCGUCGAUAAAGGAUGAGGAGGAUGUGAACCGCAUGGGGGAGAAGGUCAUCCUCCGGGAGCAAGUCAAGGAGCUCUUCAACAAGAAAUAUGGAGAAGCUCUCGGCUUGGAUCGCUCUGUCCUGGUGCCGUACAAACUGAUCCGUGCCAGUCCGGACUCUGUGGAAGUUUCUGGUCUUCCGGAAGAUAUUCCCUUCCGCAACCCUAACACUUAUGACAUUGUGCGCUUGGAGAAGAUCCUCCUGGCACGGGAUGACAUCACCAUCAACAUAAAGAGCCAGUUACAGCCUUUUGCAGAAAUUUGCACCCAGACGUGUAACACAGGUAAGGGGGGGUCCAGCAGCAGCCGCCGCAAACGCAAACGGGUGCCGGAUGGUGCUCAGGCAGCCACGCCCCCGGGGGCAGAGUCUGGAGUAUCGACCAGUCAGAUUCCUGUGAUGCAAUGGCCCAUGUACAUGGUGGACUACAGCGGCAUGAACGCGCAGGUGCCCGGCAAGGUGCAGUACUAGUGGCCGGGAUGUGCGUCUGCUCAGGAUGGACAGAUGACUGGGAGGAGGAUGUCAGUUCAGUAUUUACAGCCACAUCUUCCAGUCCUCGUCCCCGUGUAGUGAUGUUCAUGUAGCAAACCCCCCAUCCCGAUGGCCAAAAGGAAGGGGGGGGGGGGAGCAACUGAGAUCUUCAGAGAUGAUGUGAUGGAGCCCUUUACACUCUGAGGGUGCUGGAUUCAUGCUUGUGUGCUGUUGUUAAAGAGCAAAUUGAAAUGAACUCUGUGCUUAAGAUGUACUCAUUGGCAGAAGCUCCCUUGCCAGUCUCUGGCCUCUGCAUCUCCACGGAAACCUCUGAAUGCCUGGUCUAUCAUACAGUUUGUUGAAAAUGUU